GUAAUGAUGGCGGCGCUCAGUGAGACUCUCCUGUCACUGGAUACUACUACUCGCAGCCCUCCUCAAAGCAGCCGGAGCAACCCCCCGGUCUUUAAUUUACAAGUAGCAAUUUGACUUGCUCUGCUGCAUGUCAGGUGGGACCGUGGAAAGUGUGGAGACGCCCCGGGGAUUAAGCGAUAGCAGCUUAAAAAGAAAAAAAGCCAAACAAAUAAACAAAACCCACCCACCCUAACAAACAUGAGGCUACUGGAGAGAAUGAGGAAAGAAUGGUUCAUGAUUGGAAUAGUAUUGGCGAUCGCCGGAGCAAAGCUGGAGCCGUCCAUAGGGGUGAAUGGGGGACCACUGAUGCCAGAAAUAACUGUCUCCUACAUUGCUGUCGCAACAAUAUUCUUUAACAGUGGAUUAUCAUUAAAUACGGAGGAGCUGACAAGUGCUUUGGUGCAUAUAAAACUACAUCUUUUUAUUCAGAUCUUUACACUUGCAUUCUUCCCAGCAGCAAUAUGGCUUCUUCUUCAGCUUUUGUCAAUCACACCCAUCAAUGAAUGGCUUUUAAAAGGGUUGCAGACAGUAGGUUGCAUGCCUCCCCCUGUGUCUUCUGCAGUGAUUUUAACCAAGGCAGUUGGUGGAAAUGAGGCAGCUGCAAUAUUUAAUUCGGCCUUUGGAAGUUUUUUGUUUCCUCAUCCAUAGGCAACUCAGGAUUGUUGUCAGGAACAAAUGUGGAAACAUGAAAAGCCUAAGCAGAGUUGCUGGCAUGUAAGAGACAUGCAGUAAGCAUUGCCUUUCCUCACUUCAUUCUUCCUCCUCUCACCAAAAUCAUCCACACAAGCCUCCCGGGCAUAGGGAAGUGCAAAGCUUAUUAAUAAGGGACCAUAGGAAAGGGCUCUGUCCCUGCCCUUUUGUUCAUAUUUGGCUUCUCUCCUUGUAGCUGAUUCUUGCCUUAUUUCUGUAAUUAAGUCAUCCAUCAUCAUCCAGAAGAUGAACCAAGCCAGAUGGUGAUCACAGUUUGCGGGGGAGGAUGGGAGUAGAGCACAGAGAGGACGAGAGGAUUGCUGGAGUGGGUUACUGGAGACCAGCAGCCAGUGUCAGUGAGGAGGAUUGGAUAGAGCAGAGCAGGUCUUUCCAACCUGGAUACUAUUAUCUCUGCUGUUACGGCAGCUAACGAUCUCUAAGAAAAAUACUGAUAGAUCAUGGCCAAAUGACUAUCUGAUUCUCCUCUCUGACUCCUUACUCAGCAAGCAAAUUUUAGCUGUUCUGAGUCUUGAAGCCAUUCAGUGUUUGCAGUUUCUUCCCUUUCAUUGAUGGUUUCCAUUUUUCCUUUGUUCUUUUUGGGGUGUUUUCCUUAUUGCUAGCCUUCUUUACACUUUUAUAUGUAAAUAUAUAUUCCCUAAAUGUCCACAUACAUUUUAUGCCAUCUUUAUUACAUGUUAGUUCAUUUCUAUUUCCUUCGUAUUCUUCCUCUUCUUUUAAUAUCUGUGGGGUCGGGAGGUGCGGUAACUGGGCGAAGGUGCUCAAAAGGCACAAACAUUCAGUUGAAAAAUCUAAAGAAAAAAUAUGUAUCUGCAAGGUCAGAUAUAUAUAAUAAAUGUUGUAUGUGCGGCGAAUAGGAGCUCUUGUUGACAGCCUGUCCGUUCAUCUGUCAUCAGAUGUGAAGUACAGUGAGUCCAGUGGGACCUGAAGCCUAGCCUUCUUUUUUUGGAACCAAAUUCUAGGGUUAGGGUUCUGCUGCCUGGCAAGAGCUCAAGUGCUGAAAUUCCAAGACCAUAUCCUUCUUUUUUUAAUUAAAAAGAUUUUUAAAUUGAAGCAGAGUUGAUUUACAAUGUCUUGUUGGUUUCAGGUGUACAGCAAGGUGAUCCAGUUAUAUGCAUAUGUGUAUAUCAUCGUAGUUUUGAUUUCAAGCCCAUGUCCUUAGUUCUAUUCUGACUCCUACCACAUUGCACAUCUUGCAUCUAGAUGUUUCACAAGUAUUUAUUGUAUCCGUGACUCAGUAAAUAACUCAAGAUCCUGCUUUCCAUCCCAUAUAUUUAUACUGAGCCUAGAAACCGGAAUAGGAUUGAGUGUGGGCCUCUACUGGACCGUGCUCUUAUAACACCUUCCAUGUUCCCUCCAGCCACUGCCCCAUUUCACUGCUCAACUUCCAAGCAAGCAAAAUUUGAAAUAGCUGUCCCAAUCUUUACUUCUUACAGCACUGCCUCUCCUCAGUUGACUCUAAUCAAGCCUCCCUAGCACUCUACUUAGAACUUGACUCUGCUCUUGUCAAGGUCACCAGUGACCUCCAUCUUGCCAAAGCCACUGGUGGCUUCUCUGUCCUUGUUUUACCCAAACACUUGGCACUACUAGACACAGUCAGUCAUUUUCUCCUUGAAACAUGUUUUCCUCCUUCUUCAUUUCCAUGCUACCUCCUUCUCCUGAGGUUCCUACUGCACCUUUUCAGUAUCCUAUGUGGGUUCUCUGCUGUGCUUAACUUCUGUAAAUGUUAGGUUGUGUCAGGAUUUGGUGGUAAGUCCUGGUCUUUUCUUAGUCUACAGUAACUCCCUAGGAAAGAUCAUCCAAUCUCAUGGAUUUAUGGAACAUCAAAAUGCAUCUGCUACCAAAUUGAUGUCUUCAGCUCCAGCUUCUCCCCCAAAUGCCAGACUCAUACAUCAAGAUGCCUAUUUGAUGUCUCAUUUUGGAUAUCUAAUAAGCAUCUCAAGCUUACCAUAUGCAAAAUAGAAUUCUUGAUCACACCUCCCCCAUCCUUAAACUGCUUCUGCCUUAAUCUAUCUCAUUUCAGUUAAUGGCUCUACCCAUUACUUGGAUUUAAGAGUUUUCCUAGAUUUCUCUCUUUUCAGCAUUUCCCCCUCCCCGUAUCUAAGUCAUCAGCAAAUCCUAUUGGGUCUACCUUCAAAAUACAUUUUGAGUUCAUCAUCUUCUCUUCAUCUUCACUGUCACUACCCAAAUGCAAGAUGCCAUCAACUCUUGCCUGUUAUGCUACAAUUAUGCCCUAAUUUGUCCCCCUGCUUCUAUUCUGAUCCCCCUAAAAUUCUGAUUUCACAUAUCAGCUAAAGUAACCUUUUCAGAAUGUAAAACUCUUGUUGUGUCACCAUACUCUCUCCCAGCUCUUCCCUGGUUUUAAGACAUCUGUGGUGUCUUCUGUUGCCCUGAGGAUAAAAUCUAGACUCCUUAUCCCAACCAAUAAGGUCCUGUUACCUAGCCCUGCCUUCCUCCUUGGCCCUACCUUAUACCCCCCAUACUCAGCACACUUCAGCAGCACAAAGUUUCUCUCCCCAAACACACCAAGCCCGUUUCUUCCUUAGGGCCUUUGUAGUAGCCACCCCCUCUGUCUGGAACAUUCUUUCCUCCAGUCUUCACUGGAUUGGCUCAUUCUCGUCAUGCAGGUGUCAACUCAAACGGCACCUCCUCACUGACCUUCCCUGAGUGCUUCCCCAGCACUUUCUAUCACAUCAACCUGUUUUAUUUUCUUCAAAGCCGUUAUUAGUAUCCAAGUUAUCUUGUUCAUUUAUCUGCUGUAUGUCAAUCCCCACUAGAGUGUAAACUCUGAGAGAGGAGGGUCCUUGUCUGCCCUUUUCAUCCCAAUACUCCUGCUGUUUAUAUAGUGCCUGGCACCUAUACUGUGCUAAAUAGCUAUAGAAUAAAUUAACAAUUUUCCAGAACUCAGAGUAGAACAAAAAGUCUGGGAAUUUUCAAGUCUUACCCGUUAGCAGUCUGUCUGUGUUACGUAUUCACAGGUAAGCUUUCACUUUUCCCACCUUGCUAUUUUUUCUCUCCCUUCUUUUCUCUUCUUCAGGGUGGACUUGUCUUUGUUUCCAUCUCUAAACAGCCUUUCCAAGGCCACAUUUCAUUCUUCUGGUCUUUUGACAUCACUCAGAGAUUCGUUUGUGAAGGAAAGUUAAGUCCAGCAUGCAGUGGUCCAUAAAGCUGUUUCUUAUUACAUCAAAUUAAAGAACUUCCUGAUCACUGGUCCAAGGCUUGUCUACUUUUCUUAAAACAAAUGUUCCACUGUUGUUACAGUAUAAUCGCGUAUAGAUUCCCCUUUGGAGUUUCUGAUUUUCUUGAUCUUCAUCUGUCUUCUUUGACUUCUUUUGUGAUGAAGAAUCUUUUUGAUACUCCUUCUCUUACUAUACUGAAACUAGAAAGAUAACCAAAUAUUUAAGCUGUAGUGGAUGUCACACAUUCAUUGUGUGUGUGUAUAAGUGUAUGUAACUAUUACCAGUUUUUACAUAGCUUAUUCUACCUUGAUAUUUCAUUGCUGAAAUAAAUAUGAAAUUGUAGGACGCUGACUUAUGUAAAGAGAUUUAUCUAUUUUUUUUUUUCAGUACAGAAUCUUCUUCCUUUUUUGAUUGAGAGGGUCCAGUAGAAGAGUUCUACUCUUUCUCAGGCAUUUGUACAUGUCCACACAUUUCCACAUAUUUUCAGAAAUCUCGAGGUGUUCUGAUUACAUGAUGUUGCAGACAAUGCCAAUGCUCUAUUGUUAACACUUUGAACACUUGUGCAUUACAUACAUCUGCACUGCCUGAAGAGCUCACUGUGCUUUACAGCUCUACCUCUUAAACUCUGGUCCCCAGAGCCUCUGCCCAAAAUAACAACUUCUUUUGCUACUGCUUUAUCCAGUUUUUUUCUUUCAGCUUUAGUUUCUACUCUGGUUUGUACUGUUAAAUCAUACUCCCGAGAAUUCUUAAAGGUGUUUCUUCUGCUGUCCUAUCUUGAUGCUACCCCAGAUCUACUCACUGUACAGUGAUUACAUCCUUGGGUAUCCUGCUGCCAUCUUUUAUUUGUUCUUGAACAACCCACAGACUUACGUCUCAACACCACGUCAGCAUAAGAGGAUGGGCCAAACUGAAGGACUUCUGUUUUACAGUCUCACUUUGAGACUCGAUGUUCAGGAGUGAUGUUAGCGAAAAGCCCCAUUAAGCAGGGUGUGAAGGAAAGCUCAAGCUGACCCACUGCUAAAAAUCCCAGCGUGCUGUGCACGUUCUUCCUGACGUAGACUAAAACAUAGUCAUGGGGGAGGGAGGGAGAUGCAAGAGGGAGGAGAUAUGGGAACAUAUGUAUAUGUAUAACUGAUUCACUUUGUUAUAAAGCAGAAACUAACACACCAUUGUAAAGCAGUUAUACUCCAAUAAAGAUGUUAAAAAAAAAAACAAACAUAGUCAUGGGGUUUGUUUGGGUUUUUUUCAAGCUAAAGGUCCCACAGCAAAAGCAGAAAAGUUACCUGUGAUCAAUUGUGUAUAUUUGGGGGGUUGUGUUUUGAAAGCAGCUCUGUCUUAUCCUGAAAAUUCCUGGAUGACUUUAUUGUUGCUGGAACUUAGUUGUUAAGUUGGAAGAAAUUCCCAGAUGUCUGAAAACUUUUCUGACAUGAUUUUAGUUGACAGAUAGUGUACAGGUGGCCUGCUUUUUAAAUGAGCAUUAUUUAAUCCACAUUAAACCAUCUUUUGGUUCUUACAACUGUCUUAACUUUAUUAAAGUCAAAAAUAAUGUUUAGAGAGGGUAAAAUCGUAUAUAUGAUUCAUAAAUACUUAAAAAAACAACAAAUAGCGCUCCUAGUUGAACGUAAAUCUCACUUAGAACUGUAGUUUAUCUUUGAAAGAAAAACUUCUGGGACUGAGGGUAAAGCAGUUUUAGAAAAGAAAUCAAAUAUUAUGGAAUUUGAAAAUCUAAUUUGGCAUAUAUUAGAUUAAUGCCCUGUAAAACCCUAAAGUCUGAAUUGAGUUUACAGAGGGUUUGACUUAAUUCUGUUAUUUCUUUUGCUCUUUUUUCCUUUGUUAUGUAUGUAUAAAUCUUGGUGACUUUUCCUUUUAUGGCUUUAAACAUUUAGUACUGAAUUCUAAAGCGGCAGGUUCCUCCCUGCUUUUUAUUCUCGUGAACUUUUGAGGAGGUAGUGGACAGGAAUUUGUGUGUGUGUGUGAAAUUACUUUUUCUAUGAAUAUAUGCAUAAUCCCACAAUUUCACCAAUGUACACAUUUUUUGCUUGCCAAUAAGAAGGGAUUAAAAAAUUUGGUAUGUAAAAAGCAAGGUUGAUAAAGACCUUUUCAUACAUUUGUGUCCUAAUAUGUUUUUAUUUUUUAAAAAUAUGCUGCAGCUGAUUGAACUAAAUUUGAUUUUGACUUGUGCCACACAACUAUAAUUCCUUCAAAAGCAUGUCAAUAUAUGCAGUAUAUUUAAGGUACUGUCAGCAACAAUUCCUUCUUUAUUUAGAGUAAUGUAAUCUGAAACUAUCAACCUUUUCUACUUUCAUGAGCUUUUGACUUUCACACCACAAUGCAUGAAAUAAUGCAUUUUAUUUAAAGCUUUCACUAAAAUGUCUGUCACUGGAGGGAAAUUUUUUAUUUAAAUAUGCCCCCUCCAUUGAAAUAGGCUUUUCUACCAUUGUCUGGGUGUCUUCCAAUAUUCUAAGGCCUUUGGAUUACUUUGGAUUAAUUAGUCAUCUCUUUAUUUAUAAUAAAACAACAUAAUGAUCCCCUAUUGUGGCCAAAGAAUUGGACUAAGCAGGGUGAUUAAACUGGAGAAUAGAAUAUCAAAUGAUACCAGAGUCUAGUUACCUUAUCAAUUUUCUUCAGAUAGAAAUGAUUAAGCAACCUGUUGGAUAGUAGAUCCAGACUAGAGAGAAGAAAGUAUAAUUAAUAUUGGAAGGAUGUAAAGGGGGGAAAAAAACCCUGUAAAUUGACCUAUAAUGAGAAUAAUCCGUGAUGCACAGCAAAGAGAAUGAUCAGUGUCUGGAAUUCAGUGCCAGCUUGGCUUACAUUUAUGAGAAUAUCUUAUUCAUUUUUAUGAAUAUUAAGCUCUAUAAAGUCCAAAUUGAGCAAAGGAAAACAAAUGACAUAUAUGGUCAUAUACAGGUACAGGGUGGGGGGAGCCCAGGGGAUAGAAAAUACAUUGAAAUAUUGAAUAAUCAAAGUAGAAACACUAGUCUAGCAAGAUAGUCGUGCCAUCCAUACAUACAUUGUUUUGGUUUUUUACUUAUGUUAUAACAUUUUAUCAAGUUAUAACCUCAUCUCUGAUGUUAUUAUAUGUUGGAGCAAAUAUAUAUUAGCACCUGUCUCUACUGCACGCACAGACAGCCAUGUUCAUUUACUUGUGAAGUGAAUUGUUCUAUCGAUUAUGUGCAUCCAUUAUGACAAGUGCUUAGGGGAAGCAGGGCAGAUUUUAUUCAGGUGAAAAACCUAUCCCGAAAGAGCUUCUACUUUAAAAGGGGAGACAUGUACACAUAAGUAUAUGAAAAGCAAGAUAGUAGAAACUGUGUGCUUUAACAGGGAAGCAUAUAACUGAGGGACAGGUACCAUGGUAACAAGGAGUAAGAGCUCAGAGAUUUAGGAGGGAAGAUAGAAAUAUUCAGGGAAGGCUCCAUGGAAGAAGUAGAGCUGUUGAUCAGAGAACAGUACUAAGCAAUUCUGAUAGCUGAAAAGAGUUCAUGUAUGUCUAUUAAGGCAUGUGUUUUGAAAAUUACAGAUAAUUCAUUUUAUACUCAUAAGAAUGAGAAUAUGAAGGAAUGUGAUCCCACACAUACAUGAAUGGAAAAAGGAUUUAGAAGGGAGAUGUCUUUGCAUCUUUCCCAGGUCCUCCAUAUUUUCAUUUGCUCAUGUGGUUCAUAUUUAGUGUAUGUGUACAUGGUGGGCUCUGCAGGCUGUCUAAGUAGGUACAUUGCUAAAGAUAUAGUGACAGACUUUUGUCUCAGUGUCCUCAUAUAAGUGCUGAUCUAGUAUAAUUAGCCUUUAUAAUAUGUGAUUUAAGGUAUAAUAUUUGUACUCUUUGAAAAUUUUUUCAUGGCAAGCUGCCUCAUGCCUUUGGCCAUGUCAGUAAUCAUUAACCACUUUGUUACAGAAAGGUAGAAAGGAAAAUUAUGAAGCAAGACCUAUUUAUUUUGCUUUUCAGUUGCAGCACUGGUAGAUAAAAGAUUUAAUGAGGAGGGCGGAGUCAAGAUGGCAGAGUAGGAGGACAAGGAAUUUGCAUCUCCGCACAACUAGUGCACCUACCAGGCACCGGUGGGGAACCACAGACACCUAAGGGAUGGGAGGAGUUCCCAGCGACCAGUUGUGUCAAUUAUAUUUUUACCUAUCCUAAUAUAUUCUUUAUCUUUCUAAUUUUAUUUUCUUCUUUAUUCUUUGAUAUUGUACUGCUCCCUUUUUUCUUUCUUUUUUUUGCCACACCACGCAGCUUGCAGAUAUUGGUUCCCAGGUUGGAGGUCAGGCCUGAGCUCCUGUGGUGGGAGCAAUGAGCCUAAACUGCUGGACUAACAGAGAACCUCAGACCUCAGGGAAUAUUAAUCAGAGUGGGGCCUCGCGGAGGUCCUCAUCUCAGCACCCAGACCUGGCUCUAUCCAACUGCCUGAAAACUCCAGUGCUGGACGCCUCAGGCCUAACAACAUAUAAGACAGGAA